AUGACAAAAUCGCUACGACAGUUGAAUUUGUCAAAACUAUUUUCAGACAAGUCAACUUUAAACACCAGCUCAAUAGACGUUGAAAAAAUAAAGACAUUUGUUUCUUCUCCAACACAUCUUCUUUACGAAAGUGAUAUUAAGACGUUUAUUUCCAUCCAGGACAGUCUUUACAGUAAUUCGCUGGAGGUUACGACAUUACUAACAGAAAUGAUUUUAAAUUCUAAUCAAUAUUCUCUUCCACCAUUAGCUAAAACAUUUGAAAAAGUCAUUACCGAUUCUUUUUUAGUUCACCAAAUUUCAGCAAAAGAAUAUGGUACCCUGGUAAAUUUGAUUUUGACUCGGGCUCUUGAAAUUUUCCCUCAAACAUUGUAUAUAUCGGAAACCGGAGAGGUUGAAGAGCAUUUAGGAUUUGAGAAUUUAAUAAUUUUUGAGGAUCUUUUAAAAUACAUUUCAGAUGACGAUGAAAACUUUACUCGUUCUCAAAAUAUAUUUUUUCAACUCCUGUCUCGAUCCGGAUCAAUCAAGCAGGCUGAAAACGUUUUGGAAAAAAUGGUUACAUUAGGAGUUUCUUUAACUGAUCGUUCUAUUGAUGAAUUUUUUUCGACUUUGGAGCGGUAUUUGUUUGCUUCACGAAAUGUGUCUCAUCUCUCUAGAAUUGAAUAUAAUAACUCUGUCAAAGAGAUUUUAUUUAAAUUUAGAAAGUUUCUUCUUUCUCAAAAUAUCACGCCGUCUAUGGCUGAUCUUUUAUUAGAAUUUUCUGCUUACCUUGAUGAGUUUUAUGGGGUAAUGAAUAUGAUUGAAGAUUCAAGCCAUUGUGAUGAAAUCCUUUCCAAAUGCCAACCAAAAAUAAUCCAAACUGCUGUUCGAUGUUCUAUUCCUCAUAGUCACUGGGCAGAGCUUGAAUCUGAAAGCAGUGGCAUUGUUUGUAGCUCUGAAAAGGAAGUAUUGAGUAUUUCACCGGAUAGCCCUAUUAUUCGAAAAAAAUUAAUAUAUACAAAAGCGAUGGCAACAAUGUUUGGCAUUUUGGACCGAUUUAAAGAUACCAGUGCUGGUCUCACUACUGAUGCUUUAGAUCAAUGUCUCAUACUUUCCGCAAGAUUGGGCAAUUCAGGUGGGAUGUAUAAAGCUCUUUCUCUUCGACUUCAACAGAACCUUUCGAACAGCUUAAUUUCACAAGAUAUUUUAUCAAAACUUUUUGAUGCAUUUCCUAUCAAUCAGGGCGGGGUUAAUUUUGAGAAGCGUAAAUCUUCGUCUUUAUGGAUUAUAAAUGAUGCAAUAAUUGCAGAUUCAGCACGUGAUGAAGCGAUUCUAUUUCAUUUACGUUCCAACAUUGACCCUUUUGUUGAUUCCAAAGUUUAUAUCAAGUACUUAUCUGCUCUUGGACGCUGUCUCCGAGUUGAUUUAUUAUCACACGAAUGGGAGUCUAUAAUUCUCCCUCCAAUGAUUAACAACAAUGAUAUUGAACAUGCUUAUUAUCCUGAUAUUGUGAUUUCCUUACUUUCUGCAUUUAAAACAGCAAACUCUAUUCCAAGUGCCCUUGUUGUACUAGACUCUCUUCUUCAGUCAUCUACCCGCUCGAUGGCUACUUAUAGGCAUGCAAUUUGCAUUUUAGAGAAAGUCCUAACCCAUGAAGUCCUUCCUCUUUUUCCCACUUUAAAUCAUCUCACAAAAUGGUUGAUUAACAAUAGAGACGCUACAAAUUGGUCAGACUCUGAUGUGAAUCAGAUAUUAAGUGAUACGAAAUCCAUCGCAAUUAAACCUUCCGAUUUAAGUCUAUUGAUCACAGAUAGUUCUGUUAAGCCUGAUGCUGUUGGAAAACUUUUAUCUGAACUUGUUUUACAAGUUCGUAGAGGAAAAGAUAUUGAUAUGGCGUUAAAACAUUUGGAUCAAAUGUUUAAAUAG